AUGUGCGGCAGUAACAUGUCCUGCUCACUCCCAGCCAUAGUGUCCGCUGUCUGGAAGGCUUCUGCAGUGAUUAUUUUCCUUCAUGGAUUGGAAGAUACAAGGCAUGGAUGGGCAGAAGCCUUUGCAGGUGUCAAAUGUUCACACAUCAAAUAUAUCUGCCCACACACACCAGCUAUUAUUGGACUUUCACCAGAUUCACAGAAGGAUGAAAAUGGAAUCAAGGAAGCAGCAGAAAACGUCAAAGUUUUGAUAGAUCAAGAGGCCAAGAACGGAAUUCCUUCUAACAGAAUUAAUUUGGGAGGAUUUUCUCAAGGAAAAGGAAAUCUGUCUUUAUAUGCUGCUCUUACCACAAUAAAAACUAGCAGCGUCAUCAAACUCAGUUGCUGGUUCCCACUUUGGUCCUCAUUUCCUCAGUGUCCUAUCAAUGGAGUUAAUAAAGAUAUUUCUAUUCUUCAGUGCCAUGGAGAUUGUGACCUUUCAGUCCCUCUAAUGUUUGUGUUUCUUACUGUGGAAAAGCUAUUGUUGUUGUUGUUAAUAAAUCCAGCCAAUGUAACCUUCAAGACCUAUGAAUGCAUGAUGCAUAGUUCGUGUCAACAGGAAAUGAUGGAUGUCAAGCAGUUCAUUGAAAAACUCCUACCUCCCAUGCACUGA